AUGGAUAAAAAGGAAUUUCAUGUGUUUAUAAAGUAUUCCUUUUCAGCGAAAAAAAAUAAUCUUGAAGCCAAGGCUUGGCUUGAGAAACAUUAUUCGGACUCUGUACCAGGAAAAUCAACCAUUGAGAAGUGGUUUGCUAAAUUUAAACGAGGCGAAAUGAGCACCGGCGACGAUGCACACAGUGGACGCGCCAAAGCGGAUGAUACCGACGAAAACAUCAAAAAAGUCCAUAAAAUUAUUUUAGAUUACCAUAAAGUGAAGUUGAUCAAAAUAUCCGAGACUCUAAAGAUAUCAAAGAAACAUGUUGGACAUAUAGUGAAUGAAUAUUUGGGUAUGCCAUUUGAAGAAGAAUAA